CACGUUGAGUGCGCAUGACACACUGGUGCGUCGACCUGCGUAUUCAAGCCACGCGCAUGACGCACCGGUGAGUCAGCUACGCCGUUAAACUGUUAAACAUAACCGGCAGUAGUAUUUCAGCACUUGUCGAGAGGAAACUAUUACGAAUGGAGCACGUACAGAAAGGUUCAGUUUACGUUAAAUUGGGGUAGUUUAAAAAUUUGAUCAUCGGUUAUUUGAUUAUACAUAGUGAUUCAUGAGUGACCCAAAGCUGUGUGAAGCAAGUACUUCAGGUACAAAAAGACGUAAAAUUCAAGUCAGCAAUGAGAAUAACCUUACAGAUGAAGAACUCUUACGUAUUCUUGAAGCUUCGGAUUUCGACUUGGAUGAUUCCGACAUCGAAGGCUCGUACAUCCCCAGUGACCUUGAUUCAUCUUCAGAGGAUGAUUACGAUAUACCUACUAAUGAUGAUACUGUUGUUCCGCCUGAUGACUCUAAUGUAACAACUGCGACUGACGAUUUGAAUGAGGUUUGGAGCGAUACUUGUGCCGGAAUGAAGGACAUUAAUUUUACAAAAACACCCGGUUUACUGAUUGAUUUUGAUCUAAACGCAAGUCCUUAUGAUUACUUUAGAUUGUUAUUAGAUGAUGAUUUACUGGAACUUAUUGUCGAUGAAACAAAUAAAUAUGCGGAAACUAUUUUCCUCAGCGAAGGAGCUCUGACCAAUUCACGAAUAUCUCGUUGGAAAAACGUUACCAAAGAUGAGUUAUUGCAAUUCAUAGGACUUACGUUUCAUACAGGAACCAUCAAAUGCAAUGUCUUGAAAGGUGAAACAAAGGCUGCUUAUAAGGAUGGCGUUAUGAUUGGGGAGUGGAGAGAUAAAAGGGACGUGUUGCAUAUAUCUACAGAAUUCAAAAACGACCUAAUUGAAGCGCAAAACAGAAGAGAUGUGACAAAGGAAAAGCCGUUACCUGUAGUGGAGAAUAAUAGAUACAUGAGCGGCAUAGACCACAUGGAUCAGAUGAUAUCAUACUACCCCUGUGUUCUGAAAACGUUGCGCUGGUAUAAAAAACUGGGGAUACAUAUAUUUCAGUUACUACUUUUCAAUUCUUAUAUUUUAUAUAACAAGCACUCUCAAAAGCGGCUAUCUUAUGAUGAUUUUCGUAUGGCUGUUCUUGAAAAAAUUCUUCCUCAACCACAAAAUACCAAUCCUAAACCUGCAAAGCAAACUACACAGCAUUUACUGGAGAAAAUUGAAACUAGAAAUAAAGAUGGUAGAACUAUGCGAAAGCGUUGCAAAGUGUGUUGGCAGAAUAAAAUCAGAAAAGAUUCCUCGUAUCAUAGUACCAAAUGCCCUGAUGCCCCAGGAUUGUGUGUUGGAAGAUGCUUCGAAGAAUAUCAAGCGUGGAUCAACUCUCGUCUCCAGUCGAAUGCUUUGGCAAUUUAA